UUCGGGACGAAAGACAUUCGAGUCGAGGAGUUUUCACCUACAGUUUCAUGAAACGAACUUGUUAAAUAACACGUUCUUCCAACUCUGUAAUUCAGUUGACUUUCUCACUGCAACUGGAAAAGAACAAUAAAAUAAAUCUUCCAAUUAGUGCAAAGCGUGAAAAUAUAGUUUCACAGAAAUAAAAAGCCUAAAAAGUGUCAAAUUGCAAUAAAUUGCACACUCGACAGUAUCAAUUUAACCGGGUUUGGUUUGAUAUACUUUGUUGAGAUAAAAAUAAACGAAAUGGGUUCUGCCCUGGCAAUGUGGGCUUAUCACAGGCGACUCAGCAUGGACCUGAAUCAGAUCAAAAAUCCCACUGAAUCGGAUCCUCAGAUUUUGAUUGAGAAGAAGGGGCGUCGAAAGGGGUCGACUCGAACGGAGAGCGAGUCGUCUUCCGUUCCUCCUGACGACCGCAGGGUGUCCAUCGAGCCUGAGGACUGUUCUGACGAGGAGUCGCCCAAACCACCAGCCGCCACCCAUCACAAAGGUCACCGCAGAUUUUCGCUGGACUUUCUCUUCCCCAAGAAAGGGAAGAAUAAGAAGGACAAAAAGAAACAAAGGUCCCAGAGCAUUGCUGCUCAAAAUGAAGAAUAUGACGAGGCCGAAGCUCGCGUGAGGGAAAUGCGCUAUCCUGGCUUAGCUGCGAAUGAUUUCUCCAUGUUCUACUUUAUUUAGAUUCAAAAACAGGGGACACUUUUCUUAUUUAUAUAUUUUUAAAUUUUCAAACACUACUAAAUAUACACUUUAGCAUAAGUGAAUAUGGGGUAACCCCAUUUGUAAUGUGUAUGUGCACUGUUGCGUCACUGAGGCCAUGAAAUGAUUAAAAAUAAUUUUGUAAAUUUAAAUAAGAUAGUAAAUGCUCUUCUGGUUGGUGCAUCUGAAUUGGAUUAUCUUACGAUUAGUUAUCUUUACUGACAACUUCGAACCAAACCAAGUAGCGCAAAAAUACAGCAAAGCCAUAACGCUAUGCAUAGUUUAUGAAUAAAACCAUAUUCAUUAUUUUGAAAUUGUUUGGAGUUCGUCAAAUAAAUUCACAUCCCGCAAUUGAUGCUUGAUAAGUAUUUAUUUUUCAAUGUUAAUAAAAGAAUUGUUACAAGUAUAGUUUGAAACCACGAUUGCUGGACUUUUGGUAUCUUAGAAACUGGUAUUGUAAUACGGUUACGCAGAAUGAGCGAGUCAAAAAUAAAAUAUUUAUUUUUAAAA